GAACUUGUUGAUCAACUUGCUGAGGCUGAUGUCUAUUUGUCCCAGGAUGCGGUUGCUUUCUUCAUGGACUUUUGUGCUGGACACAGAAGUCUAUUCAUAAGAAGCAUGGAAUGGGUGCAGCAGAAGCAAAGCGGGGACAGCACUCGCUGGGAUUUGACUCGCGCACAAGGCGAAGUCAGUCAGGCAUGGGACACAGACAAUUGGACAGAAACCCCAGAUGACAGCUUGAUGGGGAAGCUUCAGACUGUUCGCGCCAUUCGUGUCAACGGAGCUUUUUCAGACCCGCAGAGCAUACCGCAACAAUUUGUGGACAUCUUGUGCGAGGGUCCAACUGCUGGUAUGGACGCGAAUCUCCGGCGCAAGCUCACUUUAGUUGGUUUCACGCUUCCUGUUGUGCCAGCGACUGACAGAAUUCCAGAGGAGUUUACGCCAUUGGAUUGGGCAAAGCUCGGGACAAAAUAUGGCGUCGCCAAUUACAUGAUGGCUUCCUACUAUCGCCAAGCGCUUGCGAAGAAGCGGCAGCUGACAGUGGAUGUGGACAGAAGCCCAACUUCUUGCACAGAUUUGCUCUUGCGAGCGCUGCCAUACUUGCUUUUUGCAGAUGUGGUGGCCAUCCAAGGGGACAAGUUCGGAAUUCGUUCUGAUGUUUCGCAAGAAGAGCUCCCAUUUGAGGUUCACUACACCCAUGCCGCAGUUCGGGAGUUGAAGCGCUUGGUUGGUAGUACAAAUAGUUUGGAGAGCACAAAAAAGGGGAAGGUUGACAUCUAUACUACGUUGGAGGACGGUUCAACUUUCGCCAUUGAAGCGGUCAUGUCUUCUCGGGGAGCAACCAGCAUUGCUAAGCAUCGAGAUCGCUUUGAAAGCGCGUCGAUGACAAACUAUGCACAUGCACAGUACAAGUGCUUGCUGAUCAUUGGCAAAUGUGGAGACAUGAGAGAGAUUGUGGGAAAAGUGCGGGACGGUAUAGAAGUGGUCGGACUUGCGCCCAAUCCAUCGCACACCGGCUACUAUGUCUACGUCAAGCGGCAAGGUGAGAAAGUUGUUGACUUCCACAUCCCAUGCGAUGGAGUUGCAAGAGGGUUCUCCUGGAAGGAUGAAGAACCAUUCUUUGAGAUCAGUUCUGCCCAGAAAUUCAAGUACAUUGAGCCAGGCAGUGCCGCCCCGCAACGACCCCCAGCAGUGUGGGUCUGUCAGCUGGGAAGCCCUGACGGCAAGGACUUCAAGGUCAUUGGCAACCCCUUUCAAGUUAAGGGAGUUUUGGCAAACGUGGAUGAUCUCAAAGAAGGGAUAAAGAACAAGGCGGAGCUCUCAAUUCCAUCGUUCAAAAUGGAUAUUUACAGCAAAGAGGACGGCGGCUGGGUUAAAUCAGAUGAAGAAUCAGAAGUCGACCGUGGCAAAUCCAAGGCAGACUGCUAUGGAUUCACGAUUCCAGCUGGAGCUGCUGGAGCCGCAUAGUUUGAGGCUACUGCUGGCUGUGGUCACUGUUCUCGGCUGAGGCAAUGCUGGCGCACAACGUUUCACCUCGUACAGUGAC